CCAUCCUCCCUUGCCUAAUGGGAUAUACGGGUGUUUGCAGUGGUGGGAUGUUAUUCAUGACUGCGUAACAACACAGUACUGCAAGUGAAUCAGUUUACAAGUUGUUAUGUUCUGUGACUUCUAAUCAAGGGCGACCGUCUUCCAGCGGUCUUCUUGGUGCUGGUUGUGCUCUUCUCCGUGCUCCAAUGAUGAAGUAGGCUGGACACAGCGCCUCCUUCCAGCCACAAAUAAAUUUCUUGAACCAUGGGCAGUUCUCCUUAAUUACCAACAGGAAGUUCAUCCUCUGUUAGGACGUAAACUCCCGCGGUUCUAAUCAUUGUUGCCCUUAUUCGUUCGAAUAAGCUUCUAAUAAGAUAAUUAUUCAAGCUGAAAAGCAGUUCCAAUGGGAAUGUCCUAAUAUCUUUGUAAAUAAAGGAUACUAUAAUUCUCUUUUGGUAAUCCUUGAUAACUUAAUACAAUACUAAAAUUUAUUAAACAAAUUUAGAUAGAUUAUGAGCAGCUUACCUCAAUUAAAUAUCAAGGAGAGUCUUUUCUGAUGGACUUAAAUUAUUCUAAUAACAAUACUGUAUUAUAAGUCUUUAUGUUCUAAAGUCAAAACCUCGUGGAAAACCACGCGAUGCUUCCUAACCUCACUGUUUAAAACUAUUUACACUUAUAAAAACACUUAAAUUAACAAACCAUGGCUAAAAAAGUUAAAUAACAGUAAAGAAACAUAAAAAACAACAAGAUAAACAAAAGAAAGACCGCUAGACUCCUUCAUAUGUUGAUUAUGAAAAACAUACAAAAAUACGUACAAACAUACAAAAAAAAAUUGGACAACAAUUGCAUAGCCAUCGACGUUCAACAAUGAGCUUCCUCACAAUUAAACUAAAUUAUUUUCUUCGAAAUUAAAACAAUCUGAAGUACUCAUUGUUGAGAAUAUAAAUUGAUGUAAGAAAUUUUAACAAUGGUGUUAUGAUAUGCCAGUAUCUCCAUUUCUGCGAAUGUAAAAAUGUGAAUGUCUAAAUGUAUUUAUUCGUACAUCUAACAUACAAUCCAAUCCAUUCAAGUAGUGUUUCCUUGGAUCAGAUUUCUUUUUUCAACAUUUAAUACUUUGACUCUCUGCAUUACCUAAAAAUCAUAAGAAUUUUUUCCAAAUUGUAAAUUAGCAGUUUCGAUCCUAGAAAAUAUUAUUACAUACUGUAAUAAUAUAUUACAGCUUAAUAUAUACUGUAUAAGCUGGAUAUAUUUGAAAUAUAUUUAAUGCGAUACAAUGCCAUCAGAAAUUUUACUGGUGUAAUGUACAUAAGUAUUCCGAGGAUGUGCUUACAGGUCCAUGUGUGCUAAUUUACGUUUCACAAAAGGACCCAUUAAUCAUGUAAAGAUAUUUCCAAAAUAAAUAUAAUAUGUUUCAAGAUUUUACACUUAAAAAAAAAUAACAUAUGUGAAUACAAUAAACUUUCUCAUUCGCAUUAGCUAUUUCAAAAUUGGUUAUGUUUCACAUUUAACACUUAAGUUUAUAAGAAAUGAUAAAUUAGUUGUUUCUCUGAAGGGAUCAUUGGGGGGGAAAACUUAUACUAAAAAAAUAAAGAAAUAAUCUUUUUAGCACAAUGGAGAAAUUGUUUUUGUUAGAAGUUUUAGUAGAAAAUGUUGAGAUUGAUUACACGAAAGUGGAUGUUGAUAAAAAGGUACUUGACGCAGCCAAGCAAUUAUGUAUAAAGAUUCAAUUUUUAAGUUUUCCAGAAUUAACCAUAUGUGAAGAAGAUUUUUGUCCUUCCCCGGAUGGUGAUUAUAAGAAGAGCAGUAUUAAUAUAAAAAGUGGAAAAUCGUGUUUGUUUUCUAUACGCCAAUGGAAAGCAGAAGAUCGUUCCAUGCCAUUAACUGUUACAGUACUUCGAACCAAUCCUUCCCCUCCUCACAUCACUGUUGGUAAAGCAUGCAUCAAUUUAGGAUCUAGUUUCACCAAUAUCCUCGCUGCCGCCCAAUCUAGCGAAUAUACCGAAACAAUCACGAAGAAAUGCACCGAUGUAUACGUCCUAACAAACAAUAAUGGAACGGAUGUGGGAAAACUUCGGAUGUUUGUGAGACUUACCUGUUUUGGACCAUUAAUAGUUACACAAUUUCAAAUAUCUGGGGAUGAAAAUAAUUCUUUUUUGUUCCGUGGGAAUGAUGGAUCUGGAAUCGUUACAUUUAAUCGAAAUAAUUCCAGUGAAUUAGCACCACAGCCUGUCCAUAUUCCAACAGGACAGGUUCCAUGUGGUGGAUCUCAACAACCUAAAUAUACACAGGAUAAUCGAUCACCAGAUUGCCCUCCAUGUCCACCUUGCCCUCCAUGCCCACAAGAAUGGAACACUGGGCAAGGAAUGAUGCCUCAAGGUGAACAAGGGAUGAUGCCUCAAAGUGGACAAGGGAUGAUGGCUCAAGGUGGACAAGGGAUGAUGCCUCAAAGUGGACAAGGAAUGAUGCCUCCAGAUGUGCAAGGGAUGAUGACUCAAGGUGGACAAGGCAUGAUGGAUCAAAGUGGACAAGGUGGACAAGGAAUGAUGCGUCAAGGUGGACAAGGGAUGAUGCCUCAAGGUGGACAGGGAAUGAUGCCUUGGGGGGCACCUGGUGGACAAACAGCGAUGCCUGUAAUGGAUCCUGGAAUAAUAUCUUGGGGCGAACCAAUGACAAUCAUGACUGCUGGUGGACAAGGUAUGAUGCCAGAUAGUGGAUUCAUGGUGAUGCCAGGUGGUGGGCAAGGGAUGAUGCCUGGAGGGGAUCAAGGGGUGAUACCUGGAGGGGGACAAACAAUGAUGCCUGGAUUUGGAGGGGGGCAAGCAAUGAUGCCUGGAGGUGGGCCAGGGAUGAUUCCUGGAGGUGGACCAGUGAUGAUGCCCGGAGGUGGACCAGGUAUGAUACCUGGAGGGGAACCAGGUAUGUUACCUGGAGGGGGACCAGGAAUGAUACCUGGAGCAGGUCAAGGGAUGAUUGUUGCAGCUCCUGCAUAUGGGAUGGUAGGGGGACCAAUGAUGCCUUUUGGGGAGCAAGGGAUGAUGGUACCAGGAGGGGAACAAAAUGACAUAGAUUAUAAAGAGUUUGGUGCUGAAGUCAAUGGCCAUUCUCUUAGCAUUAAAGUUUUAAGAAAACCUCGUAUUCCUAAAAAAGUUCCUCCACCUCCUCCUAUUUGUGGACAUAUUCCAAUUGCCAAAACAUCUAGUUCUAGUUCCUCUGAAGAAGAAACACCCCCAAGCCAACCUCCAAUUCAAUUCUGUGAAUGUGACUACCCUUUACCACCUGGUUUCUCAAAAAAUGGGUAUAUGCAAGGAUCUUCACCAAUGAAAAAGAAGAAAAAGAAGAAGGUUAAAGACAAUAAUUUUAAAUGCCCAUUAGAAUGUUCUGGUGAUGCUUGUUUACAAAAUUACAUGCUUUACAAGACAUUGAACAAUGCAAGACCAAUAGAAGCAGCAGAUAAAAUGAGGAAUCCAGCGCAACCUGCGAAUAAACUAAUCGGGAUGCUUGGAGAUGUUCCAGCCAAUCAAAAAGCUACAUUCAAAACUUUUGAAGAACCGAUUCACACAUCAGGAAAUCCAGCAUUUAUCUUAAAUAUCCCACCAAAACCAAUCCCACUUCAAAAUAAACCAUUUGAAAAUCCUCAUCAGUCUGAGCAAGCUAAGUUCAAAUCUAAAAGAGUAAUUGAAAAUUGGACACAAUACAAUGAAAAAGAUGUAGCUCCAUUUGAAAAACAACCUGGUACUGAAACUAACAAAAAGGAUAACCAGGGAUCGAAAAAAAAAAAGGGUAAAAAGCCCAAGAAAGCUAAGAAAAAAAAGUAAUUCAAACUAUGUAAUGUAACUGAAAUGUUUUGUAUUUGUUGGAAUAGACAAUAAUAAUCAAUUUUAUCCAUUUUGUGUCAAAUAAAAAUAUAAGAAAUAGGAAUUGAUUUUCUUUUUAUAUAACUAGCAUUACAGAAUCAACUUCCUUCAGUUACACUAACUAAAUGAUACUUAGGAAUAAGUAAUGUUAAUAUGCUUAUAAUUAUAAGCAUGCAGAUAACUUAAAAGCAGUAGCUCAACAUAGACAGAAGUGGAGAAGGCGAGACAGAUGGUCAAAGACAAUGUCGGCCUUAUACAUUCAGCAUCCCUGGGCAAUGCCGUCAUCUCCCCCCUCUCUAAAAAAUUUAAUUUAUUUCUUAUGUAAUAUUGGAAUUUUAUUACAUUCAACCAGUUCUCUAAUACAGUUGCUUUAAUGGUGGGCUAAUUGAUUGUAUUGAUUAUUUAAAUACAUUUUGGUACUUUUUUUUAUCUUUUCAAGUGGAGAGAGACCCUGAAGAUAUGCCGGUGCCCCCAAUCGGCCCCCCUCCAGUUUGUCACCUCUGAGCAAUAACCCUGCUUGUCCUACCUUAAGGCCGGCACUGGUAAAAGAUAUACUAGGUCUGUAAAUCAAAUAGAAAACAAACUCAUAAAAAAUUUUAAGAUUGACAUAGAAUCAGCUUAUCAUUUAAACAAUGAUUGAACAUAAAUAGCCCAGAUUACAGGAUUUUACAGAACAAAUAAAUCGUUAUUCUUGCUUCCAAAUGAAGUGGAGAUCCUACCCCAGGCACAAAUAAUAAAUGCAUAAUUAUUUUAAGCUAAAUAUUCUCCAGAAACUUAUUUAUUUCAUUUUUAUUAAAAGUUAAAAGGUAGGAAUUUUGAUUAUGAAAGAAAAAGAAAAGUAUUCUUCAUUGUGUUAAGAGAGGAAUAUUGGAUUUCAAAUCCCACCUGUUUGGUAACUCACUGUCUAUAUCUUUGCUAUAAAAAAUUGUAAAUAUAAUAAUAAAUAGAAACGUUUAUUUAAUCUUUUUUUUUUCAUAUUCAAUAUAACAUAUUAUU